AUGGCCCCUAAAGUCUUUAUUACCGGCGCCACUGGCUACAUUGGUGGUGAUGGCCUGUUUGCCAUCGUUAAUGCCCACCCUGACUGGGAGCUCUCGGCUCUUGUCCGUAGCUCGCAAAAGGCUGAUCAAAUCACCACCAAAUACCCCAAAAUUCGGACUGUGAUCGGCGAUCUCGACUCGUCCGAUUUGAUCGAAGAGGAAGUCCGGAAUGCCGACAUCGUCUUCCACUUUGCCGACUGUGACCAUGUCGCGGCAGCUAAUGCCAUUGCCAAAGGCGCGCAGCACCACAGCCCCGAGCGCCCAUUGUGGUUGAUCCAUACUUCUGGCACUGGUAUCCUGACCGUCGAGGAUCAGCGCGCGAAGACCUACGGAAUUGAACGACCAAAGCAGUAUAAUGACUGGGAGGGCGUGAGUGAGCUUGUCAAUCUCCCCGCCGACGCCUUCCACCGCAACGUGGACGAGAUCAUCAUUGGUGCUGGUCAAAAGAGUCCCGCCAGUGUCAAGGUUGCCGUUGUCUGCCCGCCAACCAUCUAUGGUCCUGGUCGUGGUCCUGGUAACCAGAAGAGCGUCCAGGCAUACUGGCUCAGUGAUGCUGUGCUCAAGCGAAAGCAGGGACUGCUAGUCGGGGAGGGUAAGAACGUAUGGCACCAGGUCCACGUUCAGGAUCUGAGCGAUGUAUACUUGGCUCUUGGCGAGGCGGCUUCCCAGGGAGGUGGCAAGGCUACUUGGAACAACGAGGGCUAUUACUUGGCUGAAAAUGGCUCGUUCGUCUGGGGAGAUAUCCAGCGUGCAGUUGCCCAGGCUGCUUUUGAUAAAAAGCUCAUUGCUUCGCCGGAUGUUGAGUCUCUGGACGGCGCCCAGACCACUGAGGUUCACCCAUUUGGAAUUUAUGCUUGGGGCUCCAACUCCCGGGGCAACUCGCUCCGGGCUCGCAAGCUCUUUGGGUGGUCGCCUAAGCAGCCCAAGCUGAUUGAUCUGAUCCCAGAGAUCGUUGAGGGCGAGGCCAAGGCCCUUGGAUUGUUGUGA